GCCCCCGUUUUGUUUCCUUCUGAAGUUUCCAAAACCGGCACUUAGAUGGCACUGUCGUCCACCUUUACGAACUUCCGUGCAUGGAAAAGGGGAGAAAAGCCAUUUUACCAGCACAAAGUUUUGUCCUGACCACGUGGAAAUCACAUAGGUCGCCAAAAUGCAGAUUUUCGUCAAGACCCUGACGGGCAAGACCAUCACCCUCGAGGUCGAGCCUUCGGACACAAUCGAGAAUGUCAAGGCCAAGAUUCAGGACAAGGAGGGCAUUCCUCCGGACCAGCAGAGGUUGAUCUUCGCAGGCAAACAGCUUGAGGACGGUCGCACCCUUUCCGACUACAAUAUCCAGAAAGAGUCGACCCUUCAUCUGGUGUUGCGCCUCCGAGGCGGCAUCAUCGAGCCCAGCUUGCGCAUUCUGGCGCAGAAGUACAACUGUGACAAAAUGAUUUGCCGCAAGUGCUACGCCAGGCUGCACCCGAGGGCCACAAACUGCCGCAAGAAGAAGUGCGGACACACCAACAAUCUGCGCCCCAAGAAGAAGCUGAAAUAAGCAAAUCGCCCUUCCCUGUCGACCUAUGUCAUUCCAAAUAAACUUCCAAGAUAUUUUCGAAUGUA